GAACAAACGGAAGGACACGACCGCGAGUUCUGUGUCGAAGACCUCGAGAGCCAACAGCACUCGGAGUUUCAAUACAAAUUCACACUCGCCUUCAGUUAUCUGUCCGACCAUAUGGUAGAACACGACGACGAACUCAAUCUCACAAAUCAUGUCUUUCUCCAAAUGACGAUAAGAUCGUUCCUAAUGAUGGAAGCCGUGCUUUGGUUGCGGUCCGCAGCCUUUCAGCCGCAGUCGUUCACCGACGACGCCGUCACUGAUGGACCAAACUUCGUACUCGUCCAGCAAAAUAUGACCGACGAUGGAGGCUAUGAUCGGGUGACACAAGUGCACUCCAUCUUGGAAAAGAUCAAGAUCAGAAACACGACCGACACUUUUGGCAAAUACAUACCGGCAUUCAUUAAGGAUAUCGACCGACACCUGUAUAUUAACCAAAUACUGUCCACACGUAUUGGCGGCGACACCGAAGAGGGCGAUCCCGCGGCCAUUCUUAUACUCCUUCACGAAGGAGUCAUCAAAUAUUGCGUAACCGAAGAGAAAGCCCUUCACGAAGAUUGCAAACCCGAGAAUUUGAAGCAAUUGUUGAGAUGUCCGUAUGAAAGGGAUGAGUUA